AUGUCAUCAUUGAGUGGUCUAGAGAUUGGUUUGUGUUUCCUCUUUGGAUGUAUCCUGAUGCUUCUUUCUGCAGAGCUGUAUUAUCUUCUAUGUUGGAAGAAGAGGGUCUCCCAAGACAGAGAAGACAUUGAAAACCAACAUUUAUCCUCUUCCCAUUAUACCCCUCCUAAUAUCUCUUCCUACACUUCUUGUUGGAAAACCUCAAAAUCCCCCAAAACCCAAGAAAAAGAUUUGCAAACAUAUGCCAAACAACAAGAUUCCGACAUGGGUUUGGGUAAAGAUUCGGUGUUAAAGGGAUUGGGAGAUGAAAGUUUGGAUCUUGAACUCAUGAGACUACAUAACCUAGGUGGGCCACCUAGGUUUAUUUUCACAAUCAAUGAAGAAACCAAAGAAGACUUGGAAUCCGAGAGGAGCAAAAUGGGGUUAAGAACGAGAAGCUUGGGUGACAUUCUUGAUACUUUAGACACACUAUUUUUGUCUCCUGUUGCUUCACCACCAUUGAAGCUCCCACAACAACUCAGUUUGGAAGCUUAUAAUCACCAUGGAUUAAACCCUCUGUUUGAAUCCAAUGAAGUUGCUAUGAACAAGGUGAAAUCUUCACCGCCACCCACAUUCAAGUUCUUGAGAGAUGCAGAGGAGAAGCUCUUGAAAAGAUUGAUGCAAAUGGAGGGUGACAAAAGAGCAAGUUUUAAGAAAUUGGAUCAAGAUUCUUCAAGAAAAACAGAGGAGAAAGAUGGUUCUUUUGUAAAAUUGGUUGUUAGUAAGGGCAAUAGUGAAGGAGGGCAUCGUCAAGUUUCAACACAUUCAAAGGUUCUUCCAUUGGCUUGA